UGUUUCCAUAUCCGACGGUCUUGAUCUCAAUCGGACUCUCUAGAGAGAGAGAGAGAGAGCUCCUCCUGCAACGCAAUUCCCAUCAGGUCCAUCCUUCCUCUGUUGCCAAGUAGUACUGUAUCUACAGUCAAGUGGUAGCCCGACUUCUUCUCUUUCUUGGGAAGACUUAUCUUUUUCUCUCGUCAAUGGCGUUAGCCUACUCGUCUCUGCACUUUCGGCUCGCUCCCCCGACAGUGGCAGAACUGCCCAUAUCUUGUAGGCUUGCUGUUUCUACCUCCCAACCUCUCGCUGCCGUUUCCCAGCACUCUCCCUUCCAUCUACGUUCCCGCCGGUAUAGGCCUCUCCAACGUUCUGCUGUACCAUCCUUAGUCAGGGCAGAGAAGCAAUCUGGAGAUAAUGUUAGUACAGAUUCUUUUACUCAGUUCAAGCAUGUGCUUCUUCCCAUCACCGAUCGAAAUCCAUACCUGUCUGAAGCAACAAGACAGGCUGCAGCAACUACUACAGCUUUAGCCAAGAAGUUUGGGGCAGAUAUUACUGUUGUUGUUAUUGAUGAAAAGGAGAAGGAGACAAUACCAGAGUAUGAAACUCAACUGUCUAGCAUUCGGUGGCAUCUUUCUGAAGGUGGGUUUCAAGAGUUUGGGUUGCUGGAGCGGCUUGGAGAAGGCAAGAAGACAACUGCAAUUAUUGGCGAGGUUGCUGAUGACUUAAAUCUUGAUUUAGUAGUUCUCAGCAUGGAAUCUAUCCACUCGAAACAUGUGGAUGGGAAUCUAUUGGCUGAAUUUAUUCCUUGUCCUGUCUUGCUUUUGCCACUGUAGUUGGUAUUCUUGAUGCCAUUAUAAUUUAUAGCAUGAUGAGAAACACCCUUUGGAAACAUAAGAGAUGACGAGCUUUUUUGUGGAGUUAUUGAGGAAGUUGUCUUUGAGUUGUGUAAA